AACACAUCAGUAUGCAAAUACAAUAUAUACAUGAGGAAACAAUAUAAAAACCAUCCAAACAGAGUGUAAAUUGAAUGGAGUAAAACAAACAAUAAACCAAAAUCUAUCUGAAUAACAUCGAAGCAAAAGCUAACAAAAUAAUCUUGUUUUUUCCAAAAACAGUUGACACUCAAACUUAAACUGAGAAGUGGUAUUCUGAUAAGAGUUUAGUGGUUUUGCGAUGGGAGGAGGACAGAAAAGUAAUUACUCAUUGAAUCCUAAGGAUUACAAGCUUCUAGAAGAAGUUGGAUAUGGUGCAAGUGCAACUGUGUAUAGAACUAUUCAUUCACCUUCUAAUGAAGUUGUAGCUGUUAAAUGCUUGGAUCUUGAUCGCUGUAAUAGCAAUCUGGAUGAUAUUCGCAGGGAAGCUCAAACAAUGAGUUUAAUCGGCCAUCCAAAUUUAAUAAAAGCAUUUUGUUCAUUCGUUGUUGAUCACUACCUUUGGGUGGUGAUGCCCUUCAUGGCUGAGGGUUCUUGUCUGCACCUCAUGCAAAUAGCAUAUCCGGAUGGAUUUGAAGAAGCUGUAAUUGGUUCUAUCUUGAAAGAAACUCUUAAGGCUUUGGAAUAUCUCCACCAACAUGGGCACAUUCAUCGAGAUGUUAAGGCUGGGAAUAUAUUGCUGGACACUACUGGGGUAGUAAAGCUCGCCGACUUUGGUGUUUCUGCAUGCAUGUUUGACAGUGGUGAUAGGCAGCGUUCUAGGAAUACAUUUACUGGAACUCCAUGCUGGAUGGCACCGGAAGUUUUGCAGCCUGGAACUGAAUAUGAUUUCAAGGCUGACAUUUGGUCAUUUGGAAUAACUGCCUUAGAGUUGGCUCAUGGUCAUGCACCAUUUUCAAAGUACCCUCCAAUGAAGGUUCUAUUGAUGACCAUAAAUAGUGCUCCUCCUGGACUUGAUUAUGACCGUGAUAAGAAAUUCUCAAAGUCAUUCAGGGAAAUGGUUGCCAUGUGCUUGGUGAAAGAUCAAACUAAAAGGCCAACUGCUGAAAGAUUGUUGAAACACACUUUUUUCAAAAAAGUUAAGCCUCCAGAGCUUGCUGUAAAGAAACUGUUUGCCGACUUACCAUCACUGUGGAGUCGAGUAAAAACCCUCCAGCUUAAAGAUGCUGCACAUCUAGCCUUGAAGAAAAUGCCUUCAUCCGAGCAGGAAGCAAUAUCACAGAGUGAAUACCAACGAGGUGUUAGUGCCUGGAACUUUGAUCUGGAGGAUUUAAAGUUUCAAGCUUCAAUGGUGCAAGAUGAUGACGAACUACCGGAGAUUAGGGAAGAAGAUGAAAGCAUGAAAUCUUAUAUGAACUAUAAGGAGAAUUCACUUUCUGGACUAAAUGCUGGAAAACCAUCCUUAAAACAAGAUACCGUUUCCAGUGAACAAGGAAGUGUUGGUGAAGUGACAUUAGCUGAACUGGAUCCCGACUAUCAGGAGGAAGGUGGACUGAAAAAGUAUUCAUCAAAAACAGAACUGCCACCCCUUACCUCAGACAAAGACGCAGUGCAGGCCAAGAGUAGAUAUCAAACAGCAAAAGCUUGUCGAAGUCAGAGUGGACCACUUAUGCCAGGUGUUGAGCUAAGUCAUUCGGCAUCAGAAAGAGCUGGCAACUUUGAAAGCAGAAGUAAGAUUGAAAACCAACAAGCGGAAAGAGCUCAUCAAGUACGAAGAGCGCCCAUCUUUAGUGGCCCUUUAAUGCUUCCAAACAAAGCUUCAGCAAAUAGUAAAUCGGCUCCAAUUAACUCAUCUGGGGGACUCAAAGAUUCUUCGGAUGACAAGUCAACAGCCAACUUGGUUCAAAUAAAAGGGAGGUUUUCUGUGACAUCAGAAAAUGUAGAUCUUGUAAAGGGGUCACAAUUGAGGAAGGCUGCUAGUGUAGGAGACUGGAUAUUGGAAUCUAAACAGCUGCCUCCCAGUCGAAUACCAAAGGAGCUUGGCCUUGAUAAUAUUCCUGCCUCAGUUCUGAUGCCUCACCUUCAAAAUCUUUUUCAACUGACAUCAAUCCAACAGGAUCUAAUUGUGAAUCUGUUGAGUAGCUUGCAACUAUCGGAGGCAGGAGAUGCUUCGCAACAUGGGAAGUCAUCUCCACAGUGUAUUGCAGAGAAUAAUGGAAGUGUCGAUGCAGUUGUUUCUGAGAGGGAGCGCAUGUUGCUAGUCAAAAUAUCUGAGCUUCAAGCUAGGAUGAGUAGCUUGACAGAUGAAUUAACAGCUGAAAAACUAAAAUACAUGCAGUUGCAACAGCGGCUAAAUGGCAUGUCAAAUCAAGGGGAAGAUUGGGACAGGAGAGAGUCGGAAUCUUGAUGCCGAAAGAUCUCUUUGAAGUAUAAACAAUGUGUAUAUUCAGGUUUCUGUUUGAUGUUUACUGCUGCCAUAUUUUUAAAUUCCUUAAUCCAAGUUGAAUGCCCAACUCAGACACAUUCAUUUGGAUGUGCACAUUGAGAUAUAGGAAGGAGCAGAGUUUACUAUUCACGUUGCUGGAAAAAUGUACUCGUCAUCGAUGAAUAGAAGUUCAUGUGGAGUAAUCCAGGUCCAUGUGAUGAAUAAACAAGAUCAUCAGUUUGUAGAGAAUUUCUUCGUUUAUUUGGUGAGUGCUAGCUGAAAACAAGCUUUCUGUGCAUUCCAUGUCUCCAGUCCCAGAGGUUUAUUUUGUUUAUGCUGGAAAAUGCAAUAGUCCUUCUUAUACGCGGACGGGAUUCAUUGCUCUUGGUCGGCCUCCCGUAAGGUGGGGCCGGUGCUGCGGAGG